AUGUCCACUCCACCAUUCUGGCUGACUAGGAAGGUGCUUCCCUUCAAGGUGAGCAAAUGGAUGGGCCUUGUUUGCUUCCGAUCACUUGUGGCCACCUCACCCAAUAUUCGCCAGAAGAAAUUAAUCCAUAAGCUUCAGGAAGAAAAGGCUUUUCGGGAAGAGAUGAAAAUUUUCCGUAAGAAAAUAGAAGACUUCAGGGAAGAGAUGUGGAAUUUCCGGGUCAAGAUCCGUGCUUUUCAGGGGCAGAUUUUGGGCUUUUGGGAAGAAGAGAAACCUUUCUGGGAAGAGGAGAAAACUUUCUGGAAAGAGGAAAAAAACUUCUGGGAAAUGGAAAAAUCUUUCCGGGAAGAAGAGAAAACCUUUUGGAAAAAGUACCGCAUCUUCUGGAAGGAGGAUAAAGCCUUCUGGAAAGAGGACAAUGCUUUAUGGGAAAGAGACCGAAACCUUCUUCAGGAGGACAAGGCCCUGUGGGAGGAAGAAAAGGCCCUGUGGGUAGAGGAAAGAGCCCUUCUUGAGGAGGAGAAGGCCCUGUGGGAAGAUAAAAAGUCCCUAUGGGAGGAAGAGAAUGCCCUCUGGGAAGAGGAGAAAGCAUUCUGGGUAGAAGGUGGUGGCCAUAUGGCUGAGCAGCAGAUACCCAGAGAAGGUCACUACAAUGUCAAUGGAGGCUUACGCUUGCCAGCCUUCUCCCGAGGCCGGGCAUGA